AUGUCGUCCAGUGGUGAGGGAAGUGGCUCCUCACUUCCGCCACUUUCAAAUAUUUACAGCGAGCACACGAAAGAGAAAGCGGAAAAGGCUCGAUUGACGAUCGAAAACUUCUACCAGAACUUUCUAUUCCAACAGAAUGAGCGGGAAGAGCGCCUGGAAAGCAAAGAACGAGAAAUUACACAUUUGCCGGAAGAGGACAAAGCUAAAAAGCGAAAAAUCCACGCCGCAAAGGAGACCGAAUUCCUUCGACUGAAGCGAACUCGUCUUGGCAAAGAUGAUUUUGAACCAUUGAAGAAAAUUGGGCAAGGUGCAUUUGGCGAGGUUCGUCUUGUACAGAAGAAAGAUACGGGGCAUGUUUAUGCGAUGAAGAUUCUCCGUAAAAUGGACAUGCUCGCCAAAGACCAAGUGGCUCACAUCCGCGCUGAGCGCGAUAUUUUGGAAAAAGCCGACAAUCCUUGGGUCGUCAAAAUGUUUUACUCCUUCCAGGACUCAAUAAAUCUGUAUCUUAUCAUGGAAUUUCUUCCCGGUGGGGAUCUUAUGACACUGCUGAUGCGGCACGAUUAUCUGACAAAUGAACAAACGCAAUUCUACAUCGCCGAAACGCUGCUUGCAAUCGAGUCAGUGCACCAGCUCGGCUUCAUCCAUCGCGAUAUCAAACCCGACAAUCUUCUCCUCGACGAACGCGGCCAUAUCAAACUCUCUGAUUUUGGGCUAUGUACAGGACUCAAGAAAGCCCAUACGACUGACUAUUUUAAAGAAAUCACUGCUAACACUGCUAAUCCCUCUGAUUUUGCCAAUUCGCCUGGCCCGGGAACCGGGUCAAGAAGAAAUAGACAUCAUUGGCAGCAAAACCGCCGACAGCUAGCCUAUUCGAUGGUUGGGACGCCUGAUUAUAUUGCUCCAGAAGUUUUUCAUUGUUCAACUGGCUAUACAAAAUCGUGCGACUGGUGGAGCCUGGGAAUCAUCAUGUACGAGUGUUUAAUUGGAUACGCGCCUUUUUGCUCAGAUAGGCCAGUAGACACGUAUAGAAAAGUAAUAGCCUGGCAGGAUUACCUCGAGUUUCCAGUUGAAACGCCGAUCACACCACAGGCGUGUGAUCUGAUACGCAAGCUACUCUGUGAUACGAGGGACAGACUAGGUCAAGAAUCGACCGAUGAAAUCAAGCAACACAGCUUUUUCAAUGGCGUUGACUGGCAUACGAUCAGGGAUCGACCGGCGGCUAUUCGGAUAGACGUGCGUGGCUUGACAGAUACGAGCAAUUUUGACGAGUUUGCACCCAUCGACGUUGGUGGAGAGCAUCACAAUCUCGAUUCCUCCGUCUCCUCGGAUCGCGACUGGGUCUUCCUGAAUUACACUUACAAACGCUUCGAAGUGCUCACCCAGCGCGGCAAGAAAAGACCUUAG